GAGCUCAAAACACACCGAUUCGUCAUCUCUCAUGUCGAAGUUCAAAUGUUUCGUAAUGGAGAAACCUCACCUCUGCUAGCGUAGCCUCUAGUCGUCCGGUCCGGGACACACCCCACCUCUCUGGUUUGACUGACUGCUCCUCCCUCGCACAUGGUGCCCCUCCGCCCUGAGACGAGCUCCUAAGCCUCGCCUCGUAGGCACGGAGUACACGGUGGCUCUCGGCGAGAUCUUCUGCAUGGCGUCUGACGGUAAGAUGGGAAGAUUCUGGGCGUAAUUGUGAUUUGUGUUCCAUAAAGGUUCUUCAAGCCGAGCUACUUCCUAAUCGGAUCUUAGAGGUGAACCUGUCUAUCGUUCAAGAUGAACUGGGCUUUCCUGCAAGGCCUGCUGAGUGGGGUGAACAAAUAUUCAACCGCUUUUGGGCGCAUCUGGCUCUCGGUGGUAUUCAUCUUCCGGCUUUUGGUGUAUGUGGUGGCAGCAGAGCGUGUCUGGGGAGAUGAUCAGAAGGACUUCACCUGCAACACAGCUCAGCCCGGCUGCCACAAUGUCUGCUAUGACUACUUCUUCCCCGUCUCCCACAUCCGCCUGUGGGCAUUGCAGCUGAUUUUUGUGACCUGCCCUUCAUUUCUUGUUGUCAUGCAUGUGGCCUACAGGGAAGAACGUGAGAGGAGAAAUCGGGAAAAACAUGGAGAGAACUGUGGACGUCUUUACCUGGACACAGGCAAGAAGAGAGGAGGCCUCUGGUGGACCUACUUCUUGAGCCUAGUCUUCAAGGCUGUGGUAGAUGCAGCCUUUCUCUACGUGCUCUAUUAUAUAUAUGAAGCCUACACUUUCCCUCGUAUGGUGAAGUGCUCUCAGUUUCCAUGCCCAAAUAUUGUGGACUGCUUCAUUUCCAGGCCCACAGAAAAACGCAUUUUCACACUGUUCAUGGUGGGCACCUCCAUUCUCUGCAUCAUCCUGAGCAUUAUUGAGAUGUUCUACCUGCUUGGCAAGCGCUGCCGGGACUGUAUAGUUGAACGAAAGCGGCGGAAUCAAAUGAAUGUUGUGUCUCUGAUGAGCAACAAGGAAAAUGGUAACAUUUUCCAAAGUCAUAGCUUGUUGGUCCCAGCCUAUAAUCCUAACAUGCAUAAGUAGUGACAGACAUGGCCACUGCUGGCGUCUUUAAGCCUGCAUUAUAACCCCAAAGCUGGCAUCUUGUUUCUUUCCAGAGAGCAUGGAAGACUGACUGUGGGUUUGCGGGCAGGCCCUUUGUUUGCCAGAGUGGCUGCCUGAUUUCCUUUUUUAAGGCUUCAGUCAGACAUUUAUUACUUGUCAGGGUCUGCGUUUGUACACUGCCACUUCUGCCAGCCAGGAGAUUUCUUAGAGCACUUAAUUUGUUUUAUUAUUUCAAUGUUUAUUCUAAAAAAAAAAAAAACACAUGGAAUGAUGUUUGUACAGUUUCUGGUGUAACUUAGUACUUUUUAUAGUCCGGGAUUGUGUUGUCAUUAUCACUUAUCAGCGUUCAAGCUGAAGAUAGAGGAGAGCUGGGGUCUGGUGCGAAUGACCAACUCUGUAAACUUUGAAGGACUUUGGCAAAAAUAAUGCAGCUUUGCAUGGAGUAUGUUAAAUUGACCAAAUACUCAUUCAUUCAGGGUCACUGGGAGUGGCAGAUAUAGUGAAGGUAAUACAUUUUUAAAAAAUGAUCCUACACUCCAACACCACUUUCAACACAUUUUGGAUACAGAAGUUUAUUUAUUUUUUACAAUGCUGUUGCAAUUAACAUAUCCUGGAUAAAAUGAAUUUUCAAUUGAGUGAUAUAAGGUGGCUGGCAUGGUAGCAUAGUGGUUAGUUAUGCUGCUUCUUAAAUUCAGUGCCCUGUGUUUCAGUCCUGCACCUGAUAGUUAUCUGCGCAAAGUUUGCACGUUCUCUCGUUGUCUGUUUGGGUUUUUCUCCUGAAUCCUCAAAGAUUCCAAACUAGCCCCUGGAAGUGUCUGUGUGUGUGUGUGUGCGCGUGUGAGACAGAGAGUACUUUACAAUGAACUGGGUGGGGUUAAGCAGAUUUAAAUAGUCUUAUAUAUACGUCUAUGUGUGGAAGUGUGUGUAUCUGUCCGGCCCGGAAGUGCGAGGCUACAGCAUGAAGCUCAAAGAGCCGGCAAGAUGGCCCCAAGUUCACGAGAUUCGGAAAAAGAAAGAAGUACGAGGCAAGAGCAUGAAGCUGAAAGACAAACAAGACAGAAACCCUCUUAGCCGCUGAUAGACAAGGGGGGCAAGCACAUCCACAAAACAAAACCGCCGACUCUGAGUUUCCGUUUUUUUUCUGAUGAUUUCAAUAGUUUCUAGGAGCCCAGGCUUUUCACAGCACGGGCUUACAUAGCUAGUUAUGUUAUAAUAAAUGUCAGCAGCCUAAUCAUAGUAGCAACAAUGCUUUGCAUGAUGCAUUUAUAUACUGCAGUCGAUGAUAUUAAUUUUAUAACCCAGCUUAUAUAGGAGACAAAUCAUUACUGCGCUGGUUACGCUGUUGCUUCAAAACCUCAGAAGCUCAGUUGAGUUCCUGGCUCAGUCAAUGUGGAGUCUGUGAAAUCUCUUCACAUUUAAUGGUCUUCUCCAUGUGCUUUCUGUCUUUUCACAUCCACAUGGCUAUUGCAUUAGCUUAUUAAGUGACUUUACACUGACGCUGGUUUGAGUGUGGCUAUGUGUAUAAAUGUAUCCUGUGAUUGGCUGAUACCCCUUCAGAGGGGUUUAUUGUCUUGUUUCCAGUGCAGCUUGAAAAGUCCCUGCAUAACAACCUUAUAAUGGGAAAUGCAUGGGUGGCCAAUUUAAUGGAGUUAGUUUGUCUGUGAAAAGCCUGUGCACAUAAAAAGGCGCAGUGACUGUGCAAAAGAUACAAAGACAAGAACAACUAUAAAGGAACAGUUAUUGUAUGUUUUAUUUUGUUUGAAUGCCUGACUCCAAUAGAUUUCAGCAUCUAGGUACCAUAUGCACACACAUGGUCUUACUUGUAGAAAGAUCACUGAGAUAUUGAUGCAUGAAUUCAUACUGGCAUAUAUCAUCAGAUGAUUUUUUGUUUUCUUUUUAACUGUUAAGAAAAAAGUCUUCAUUUAAUUUUUUUUUGUUUUUCUGCUUGGCCAAUUAUCCAUCUAUCCUCUCAUACAUCACCCAGUUCAGUUUCCAGGCGUGUGUAUCAUGUACAAGGCAGCAACAAAUUUGGACAGGGUGCCAGUCCAUCACUUGGCACACUCUUUGUCAGUUUAGAGUUGUCACCUAAUCUCAACACACAGUACCCAAAGAAAAAUUCAUGUAUUCACCGGAAGAACCAUGCUAGCUCAACAGAGAUAGGGACUGAGCCAGGAUUCAAUCCCAGGACUGAAGAGCAGAGAGUCAGCAGUGCCAAGCACUUGGCCGGUUAACAGUUUAAAAGUACCCAGUGUGCCUCAGAGUGGAGACAGUCAAAAACAUUUUGUGCUAAUGUUUAUACCCUCAUGGAACUGGUAGUCGGUGAUGAAAAGCAUGUAUGACACUUGCUCAAAUACUUGAUCACAUUAAAAAAAGAAAGAUUAAGUGCUUAAAAAAAGGUUAAAUUUCAAGCUAUAGAAGAGUAUUAUAUUUAUUAAUAUUUCUAAUCAGGGUUAGCGUCACAAUGUCUAUGUAGCAUUAUCUGUCCACCAAUGGAAUUGUCAUAUUAUGUUUGACCCAGAGUCAUUUCGGUGACGUCUGUUCAAACAGAAUUCAGUAACCUUCACCUCCUUGGGCUGACAAAAAUCUGCAAACAAGUCUUUUAAGAAACAACUGCAGUUUGGAAUGCUGAAAUAUUAAAAAUGUUAAGCGAUGACUGAUUGGCCUUCCUAUUUCUCAGAACCAACUAAGUCAUAGAACUUGGAGUGCCACCACAAGCUGGUGUCUGCUGUAACUCUUGGUCUUCUUUUCUUACCAUUUGUGUUAAUAACUCUAGCCUGCAAUGUCCAUUCAGUUAAUGCACAUGUGACUUGGUUUAUUUUUAUGAAGCCCAGUUGGGAUUCAAUACUUACAGGAAAUUUCAGCACUCCAUUUUCUUUUUAGAAGUGUCCUGGGGGAAUUUCAGAAUAUGUUUAAAAUCAUCAACAAUGCUCUUUUCUUCUUAUUUAAAUCAAAUCACAUCAUCUCAGUCUGGUGGGGUCCAGUGAAUCUUUGUAAGAGCCUUAUAUUUUUUGUAUUUUUUAUAAUGUCAUGGAUUAUUAUAAUGUUAAGCCUACAUUUUAAUCCAGUAUGCUGCAUGGCCUAUUAAAAAGGUUUAUGUCUCAGAGAUUUGCUGCUUGGUGCUCAGGUUUCCUUUGAAUUCAUUGGCCAGUGUGCACAGAAUCAUCUUUUUGUAAUUUCUUCCAGCCCCUGCUCAUAUCCUAUUGGAUAGCAUGCUAUCCUGUACAGUAUUUGAAUUAAUUGACUCCAAGGUGUUAUGUCAUAAUAGUCUAUAUGGUGAGGAGAUGAAAGGAACAGCUGGAAAUAUUUCACUUGGUUGCCACAUAAUUGUUUCAUUUCAUUUUCUUAUUUCUGAAAUAUUUUUGUGAUAUGAUAGAAAUGAUUUGUAUUUUUUACUACUAAGCAACAAUAAAAUUGUCUUUUAAAAGAA